AUGCCUGGAGCGAGAAAGAGCCAGAGCUGCUCAUCUCUGAACAUUUUAUCUGAUUUAUCCUUUAAUUCGACAAAAAAUUAUUCAAUGGCGGAUGAUGAUAUAUUAACUACAUUAAAAAUCCUGAUCAUAGGAGAAAGUGGUGUCGGAAAAUCGAGUCUCUUGUUACGAUUUACAGAUGAUAAAUUUGAUCCUGAACAACCAGCAACUAUUGGUGUUGAUUUCAAAGUAAAACCAUUAGAUGUUGGAGGAAACAGAGUCAAACUUGCUAUAUGGACAGCUUGUUCGCGUUACGCCGGAAGUACACCGCAUUUUCUUCAAACUGAUCAAGCUAUACCGUUGCAACGAAAAAUCAUACAGAGCUUGAAGCAGAGGCCUGCGGGACCAAAAAAGUUUGGUCCCGGUCUCGUGGAAACAACUCGUUUUUGA